AUGAACGUUUUUGCUUCCACACGUACCAUAACGCACGAGAUACUGCACGCGUUGGGAUUUGGCGCUAGUGUAUUUCUGGAAAAAAAUAUGCUUGAUGCUGAUGGUAUUCGUGGUAAGCCACUAAGUUACGUUUUGAAGUCGCCCAAAGUGGUGGAAGUCGCGAGGGCUCAUUACGGGUGCAAUACCAUGCAGUACAUGGAGUUGGAGGACAUGGGUAAUGGUGGGUCAAAGGGCUCACACUGGAAGAUGCGCAACGCAAAGGACGAUUUGAUGUCUCCUAUGAAGGGCUCAUCUUCCUUUUACAGCGCCAUCACCAUCGCAGCGAUGGAAGACACGGGUUACUACAAAGGCAACUACCGCAAUGCUGAAAACAUGAAAUGGGGUAAGAAUGUCGGUUGCGCACUGUUUGAUAAGAAGUGCAUUAUCAACGGUGUGUCGCAGGUGCCUGAUAUGUUUUGUGAAGUUACUAUAGAUUCAAUCAGUGAGUACAAGUGCACAUCCGACCGGAUGGGGAUAGGAGACUGCACAAUAAAAAAGCAUGACAGUUUACCACAAUAUUUCCAAUACUUCCCCGAUCAGACAAUGGGUGGUACUGUAAACUGGAUGGAUUACUGUCCGUUCAUAGAGAAAUAUUCUGACACAAAGUGCUUAAAUGGAGAUGCAGAAAUAAUCCCCGGUUCUGUGUUUUCAGAAUAUUCACGAUGUUUUUCAGCACUCCCGAACUCUCUCAUCAAAAUAAUGAAGUAG